GGAAGGGAGGUCAGAACAGUUAAGCCGCUGUACCUGUUCUACAUCAGAGCAAAAAGCGCGUCUUUCCCUGGGAGAAGUGAAAUACACAGACAGUGCCCCACCCAUUUGGAUUUUGCAGUUCGUUCUGUGUAUUGGAGGCUCCAGGGCUGCUGGGGAGGAGCGAGGCUCGUCUUUAUCAGUAAGACAGCGCCGCUGCUUGAGCACUACACUGACCGUCUGCCGCGCGCAAUCACCGAUUGAUCGGGACCCGCGCGGAGUCUCUUCGUUAUCUCGCCGCGCGCCACUGCAGCAGAAGGGCAAGAGGAACUCCUGAGAGGAUCACUUAUUUCAUCUCCGCUGACCCUUCCUGGGAGAAAAACACGGACUAAACUGACACCUGUCCUGGGAGAUACUUAGUCGAAGACCUUUUCGUGUACCUCCGAAGUUUUAACCCUCUGUACCGUUCAACAUUUGUAACCUUGGAACUCGUUGCUGCUGUUCGGUGAGGAUGGGACCGUUGCUUGUCUCCAUCGCCCUCUGCGUGCACCUCGCUGUCCCGCAUCUCGUCAAAGGACCCUGCCAUCCAAACCCUUGUCACAAUGGAGGCACCUGUGAAAUAAGUGAAACGUUCAGGGGUGACACAUUCAUUGGAUAUGUCUGCAAGUGCCCAUCAGGCUUCAACGGAAUCCACUGCCAACACAAUGGGGAAGAAUGUGAAUAAAACCCCUGUAGAAACGGGGGGAUCUGCACAGAUCUGGUUGCGAACUAUUCCUGUGAAUGCCCAGGGGAAUAUAUGGGAAGAAACUGCCAGUACAAAUGUUCCGGUCCACUGGGCAUGGAGGGUGGAAUCAUCUCCAACCAGCAGAUAACGGCCUCCUCCACUCAUCGAGCUCUCUUCGGCCUCCAGAAAUGGUACCCCUACUUUGCCCGGCUGAAUAAGAAGGGUCUUGUGAACGCCUGGACCGCAGCCGAGAAUGACAGAUGGCCCUGGAUUCAGAUUAACCUACAGAGGAGGAUGCGGGUCACAGGAGUGAUAACCCAAGGAGCCAAGCGCAUCGGGAGCCCAGAAUAUGUUAAGUCGUACAAAGUGGCCUACAGUGAUGACGGAAAGACCUGGAGGACGUACAAAGUCAAGGGCACGGAUGAAGAUAUAAUCUUCCGUGGGAAUAUUGAUAACAACACUCCAUUUGCCAACUCCUUCACCCCUCCUAUCGAGGCUCAGUAUGUUAGGAUCUACCCGCAGGUGUGCAGGAGACACUGCACUCUUCGCAUGGAGCUCCUGGGUUGUGAGCUCACUGGAUGUUCGGAGCCAAUGGGGAUGAAGUCUGGUCACAUUCAGGACUACCAAAUCACAGCCUCCAGCAUCUUCAGAACUCUUAACAUGGACAUGUUCACCUGGGAACCUGGGAAAGCAAGACUGGAUAAACAAGGCAAGGUCAAUGCCUGGACGUCUGGACACAGUGACCAGUCCCAGUGGUUGCAGGUUGACAUGCUUCGGCCAACAAAAAUCACAGGCGUUAUUACCCAGGGGGCUAAAGACUUUGGGCAUGUUCAGUUUGUCGGCUCCUACAAACUGGCUUACAGCAAUAAUGGCGAGAGAUGGCUUAUAUAUCAAGACGAAAAACAGAAGAAAGACAAGGUCUUUCAAGGAAAUUUUGAUAAUGACACCCACAGAAAGAAUGUGAUAGAUCCUCCCAUCUAUGCCAGAUUCAUCCGAAUUCUUCCAUGGUCGUGGUACGGAAGAAUCACUUUGCGUGCAGAGUUACUGGGAUGCACGGAGGAAGAGUGAAGACCCCUAUUCUUUGGUCCAUAUUCAAUAUAAACUGUGCUUGUAAAACAUGUACAAUUAAAAUUGGUUUCAUCUCAUCUGAAUUUUACAUUUUUGUAAUAUUAUGAUUUGUUUUAUGUUUUAUUCCCAAAGAGCUUGAGUUUCGUCAUCACUCAUGCCCUGCUUUUUUGUCCUUUUUUGGUCUGUGCCAUUUAUUGAAAACCUUUUUAGCCAAUUAGAGGGUGGGG